AGGGGCUGAUCGCCCAAGGAAACCUACGGGAGCUGUAGGCGAUUGUUCACUCGUUUUAGUCCACCGCCGACCAGGAUCGCUCGCUCUUUCGAACUGCUCCGGGACCGUAGAGAAACCUUACUCUCUGGGGCCGCUAAACCCACCUAAGGGUAACCUCGGAGAGUCCAAGAGCUUCUCAAGGAUAUUAGUCGUUUCUUUUUGGCUUGCUGCAGGGCAUAUUUGCUCUCUGCUCUGGUUGUUUCUUAGAAUUCGUCACCUUCUUCUGUAAAGGUUGCUACUUUGGGGCGAGAUCUCUGCCAUGGCGUUAGCAGGCGGCCUCUUUCUCCUUCUGAUGCUCGGGGCGUAUGCAUCGAACCGGAUUCCAGAGUCUGGGGAUGAUAACAGUGUUUUUGAUCUCUUUGAGCUAAUUGGCUUUGGUCGCAAGGGAGCUGCACGCAAAGCAGCAGGAGUAUAUCUGACAAAGGGGCCUGAGAUCUCCAGCGGUGCCUACCGCAUUGAGGAUGCCAACCGUAUCCCUGCUAUUCCUGACCACAAAUUCCAAGACAUUCUCGAUGCCAUCCAAGCGGAGAAGGGCUUCAUCCUAUUGGCUAACCUUCGUCCAUUGAAGAAGAGCCCUGGCACCCUUCUGGCUGUGGAGCGCAAGGACAACUCUGGCUAUGUCUUUAAGUUGGUGCUGAAUGGCAAGGCAAAAACCUUGGACCUGAGUGUCUUUCCCAAGGAGGGCAACCAGACUUUAGUGUCGGUGGAGGAUGUUGAAUUGCCCAAUGGGCAAUGGAACAACAUUACCCUCUUAGUGCAAGAGGAUCAAGCCCAGCUCUAUGUGGGGUGUGAGAAGAUGGUGAAUGCCGAGCUAGAAAUCCCCGUUCAGAACAUCUUCACCAGGGACCUGGCCAGCAGUGCCAGACUCCGCAUUGCCAAAGGGGGAGUCAAUGACAACUUCCAGGGAGUGCUACAAAAUGUGCGGUUCGUGUUUGGCACCACAUUGGAAGCCAUCCUGAGGAACAAAGGCUGUGAAAGCUCCACCAGGACAAUUAUUAAAUUAGACAACCCCAUAAAUGGUUCCAGUCCUGCCAUACGCACGAAUUACAUUGGCCACAAAACCAAAGACAUCCAAGCGAUUUGUGGAUUCUCCUGUGAUGAACUAACUAAUGUGUUUGUAGAACUGCGAAGUCUGCGCUCUCUGGUCACAACACUUCAAGAUUCACUUGUGAAAGUGACUACUAAAUAUGAUGAACUUGGUGGCAGCAAAGUUCAUAUAAGUCCUGGAGCAUGCAUCCAUAAUAAUGCUGUAUACCAAAACACCGAUGAGUGGACCACUGAUACCUGCACUACAUGUACCUGCCAGAACUCUGUCGUUAUCUGCCAUAAAGUGUCUUGUCCGAUCAUGCCUUGUUCCAAUGCCACUGUUCCUGAUGGAGAGUGCUGCCCACGCUGCUGGCCCAGUGACUAUGCAGAGGACAUUUGGUCUCCUUGGUCUGAAUGGACUACUUGCUCUGUGACCUGUGGGAAUGGGAUUCAGCAGAGAGGUCGCUCUUGUGAUCGGCUCAACCAUCCAUGUGAAGGCUCCUCCAUACAAACACGCACCUGCAAUAUGCGGGAAUGUGAUAAACGAUUCAAACAGGAUGGAAGCUGGAGCCACUGGUCCCCUUGGUCUUCCUGUUCAGUUACUUGUGGCUCUGGAGUGAUCACUAGAAUCCGUCUCUGCAACUCUCCACUUCCUCAGAUGGGUGGCAAAGAAUGUGAGGGAGAGGCAAGGGAAACCAAAUCUUGCCAGAAAGACCCUUGUCCAAUAAAUGGGAACUGGGGGCCGUGGUCACCCUGGGAUAUCUGCCCAGUCACAUGUGGAGGAGGCAUUCAGAAGCGUGGUCGUCUCUGCAACAAUCCUGAGCCUCAGUUUGGAGGGAAGGAUUGUAUUGGUGAUGCUAUAGAUACCCAGAUCUGCAACAAGCAGGACUGCCCCAUUGAUGGGUGCCUGUCUAACCCUUGCUUUGCGGGAGCUAAAUGUACUAGUUUCAUUGAUGGUUCCUGGAAAUGUGGUGCCUGCCCUGCUGGCUACCAUGGAAAUGGUAUUAAAUGCAGAGAUAUUGAUGAGUGUCAAGAGGUCCCAGAUGCCUGCUUUUUCUUCGGUGGAGUGCACAGGUGUGAGAACACUGAACCCGGAUACCAUUGCCAGCCUUGCCCACCACGUUUUACUGGAACGCAGCCCUUUGGUCGAGGCAUUGAGAAUGCAAUAGCAAACAAGCAGGUCUGCAAACCACGUAAUCCAUGUACUGAUGGAACUAACAACUGCAACAAGAAUGCCAAGUGCAUUUACCUUGGCCACUUCAGUGACCCCAUGUAUCGUUGUGAAUGUAAACCAGGCUAUGCUGGUAAUGGAGUUAUCUGUGGAGAAGACACAGAUUUAGAUGGAUGGCCAAAUGAGAACCUUAUCUGUGUUGCCAAUGCUACUUACCACUGUAACAAAGAUAAUUGCCCCAAUCUUCCCAAUUCUGGGCAGGAAGACUAUGAUAAGGAUGGAAUUGGUGAUGCUUGUGACAGUGAUGAUGAUAAUGAUAACAUUCCAGAUGAUAGGGACAACUGCCCAUUCAAUUACAAUCCAGAGCAAUACGACUAUGAUAGAGAUGAUGUUGGUGACCGCUGUGAUAACUGCGUUUACAAUCACAACCCUGAUCAGAUUGAUACAGAUAACAAUGGAGAAGGAGAUGCCUGUGCUGUGGAUAUUGAUGGAGAUGGCAUCCUUAAUGAAAGAGACAACUGCCAGUAUGUGUACAAUGUGGAUCAGAAGGAUACAGACUUGGAUGGUGUUGGUGAUCAAUGUGACAACUGUCCUAUGGAACACAAUCCAGAUCAGACGGAUUCUGACUCUGACCGUAUAGGUGAUAAAUGUGAUAGCAACCAGGACAUUGAUGAAGAUGGCCAUCAAAAUAAUCUUGAUAACUGCCCCUAUGUGCCCAAUGCCAACCAAGCUGACCAUGACAAGGAUGGGAAAGGUGACGCCUGUGACCACGAUGAUGAUAAUGAUGGAAUCCCUGAUGAAAAAGAUAAUUGCAGACUAGUUGCUAACCCAGACCAACUUGACUCUGAUGGAGAUGGACGUGGAGAUGCGUGCAAAGAUGACUUUGACAAAGAUAAUGUGCUAGACAUUGAUGACAUCUGCCCUGAGAAUGUUGAUAUCAGUGAGACAGACUUCCGUCGAUUUCAGAUGGUUCCUCUGGAUCCUAAGGGAACAUCCCAAAACGAUCCCAACUGGGUUGUUCGUCACCAAGGAAAAGAGCUGGUUCAGACUGUCAACUGCGAUCCUGGACUUGCAGUUGGUUUUGAUGAAUUUAAUGCUGUUGACUUCAGUGGCACAUUCUUCAUCAAUACAGAAAGGGAUGAUGACUAUGCUGGCUUUGUGUUUGGAUAUCAGUCCAGUAGUCGUUUUUAUGUAGUCAUGUGGAAGCAGGUCACCCAGUCCUACUGGGAUUCACACCCAACGAAAGCUCAGGGAUAUUCAGGUCUUUCCAUCAAAGUCGUGAACUCCACCACUGGUCCUGGAGAACAUCUUCGGAAUGCAUUGUGGCACACUGGAAAUACUGCUGGGCAGGUGCGGACUCUAUGGCAUGACCCUCGUCACACAGGCUGGAAAGAUUUCACUGCCUACAGAUGGCGUCUCAGUCACAGACCAAAGACUGGCUACAUUAGAGUUGUAAUGUUCGAAGGAAAGAAGAUCAUGGCUGAUUCAGGUGCGAUCUAUGACAAAACCUAUGCUGGUGGCCGGUUAGGAUUAUUUGUCUUCUCUCAAGAAAUGGUGUUCUUUUCCGAUCUUAAAUAUGAGUGUCGAGCUGAAAGCAUUUCGGCAUUUGGAAAUAGAGGUGCCGAAACACAUCCCUGUUGCAGAGGAAAGGAUUAUCAUUGGUAACAGCAGACAACAUUAACUUUGAAAGCAUUAAAAAAAAUUCAAUUAGCAUGUCCAGAAAUUUUGACACAAGUAGUUCGUCAUCUCAGACAAAGCUCGUGACUCUGCUGAUCCAAGACUCUGGAAUCUGCUCCCUGCUGAAAUAAGAGCCCCCCCAUCUCUGGCAAUUUUUAAAAGAGUCUUUAAAUACUUGUUAUCCACCCAAGCUUUUUUAACUGGACUGUGGUUUUAAAUGGUUCUAAGGUUUUUCUUUAUGAUCUAUUAAGUUGUAAACUGCCCAGAGAUGGAGGUUUGGGGCAUUAUAAAAAUUUGAAAAAUAAAUAAAAUUUCUUUUCUUACACUA